AUGUUUGUUGCAAUCGUCUGCUUAAUAUUCACAUCAUGCGGGGCGUUUUACAGACAUUUCGUGAAGGCAGACGAGUCGACUUUCCUAGCGGCGGCAACUUUUGUUCUGUCCCUCAGCACAAGUUUCAUCCUCGUCUUGUUCAUACCAGUGGAUAUAUACCUGGUGUCUAAUGGGGACGUGGAAAUCUCAAACUUGGAAAUAACCCAAAGGCUCGUGUCCAAGUUCUACCACUCCAUUUUCUGGGUCUUAAUUUUCGAAGCCUACGUCCUCGUUCCGUUCUCCUACUUCUACGUGAAGAAUAAACGCUCCUACCGCAACGAAUUCGAUGACAACAUAGUGCCGUGCGAAAAUGUGAUUGAGUCUUUAAAAAAAACGAUAUACUUUAUAUGCCUCCUAGUGGCGCUGUCCAUAAUUGGCCUCAUUUACAGACCUGGCCACAAACUCGCAAUGGAAAAGGGAAAGGAACUGGAGUACAUUUCGGACCUCCUCGACAUGAAACACACGGGGGAGUCGGCCAUCUUAUUUCUGAUGGGGUGCGUUGUCCUCAUUGGCGUUUCCUUUUGGGUCACCUACACGAGCUACGGCAUCGCCUGCCUGCCCCUCUCAUUUCUGCAACAGAAAAACAUCGAGCAUGAUAAGAAGGAGAUAGAGGCUCGCUUUGCAAAUUUGAAGGAGAAGGAAAUGGUGAUAAAGCAUAAAUACAGAGCGCCCAGCGAAAUACGUGGGAGCGACAAGUAUGAAAUUCUGAGGAUAGAGAAAAUGCAGAGGGCCCUGAGCAGAUACAACUACAAACUGCAAGAGAUCGAGAAGACGUCCGAGUCGUGGCUAUCUUAUGUCAUAGGGAUUGUGCUGACCUUCAGGGUUAUAACCGGGCUGGUAUUUCUAACCUUCUCAUUUGUAAUUUACAUAUCAUUGCUCGCCUCGAUAACGGAUAAGUAUUUCAAUUCCGUCUGUGCCUACAAGUGCGGUUUUGUGCUGGAGAAAAUAAACACCAUUUUUAAUUUGCUGGACUCUUCUCUGCUCCUGUUCUCUCGGCUCUUCCCGCUGGAUAUUUUCCUCAUUGCAAGUUUGGCCAUAUAUAUCUUCUGUUGCUCUCUGUACGGAAUUGUGAAUGUUGGGAUUCGCGUUUGUUUCAUCCCGCUUUAUAAGCUGAAGACGCGGCGCUCUUCCCCCGAGACCAUGCUUGUCCUGUGCUUCGUGAUUAUCCACAUCAUCUUGGUGCUCAUAAUGACGCUAUUGACGAUUGCCCCCAACUACAUAACGUAUGGAAUACAAAGGAUACGAAUAAACGACCCCCUGGCGUUUAUUAAGUGCUCCCUAAAGACGGACAAGAAUGUUUGCAAGAUGUCCGUGCUGUCCGUAUUUUUUAAUAAAAUAUUUUUUGGGAUACCAUACUUUGCAAACAGCUACUUCUUCUCCAACUGGAUGUUCAUACUGAUGUACUCCCUUUCAUUCGUCUAUCGAAUUUUCUUCAAGCGGAUCAGCUACCUGGACAGCCUAGACGAGCUAAGUCUAAGCAAGGAGAGCCUAGAUGAGCACAUGAACCUUCUUCCACUGGAGAAAUUAACCUGAGAUUGGCUGAGAUGUGUCCUCGUGGGUACACUCACGCGGGUACGCACUCGCGGGAUCUGCAGUUGGAAGUGCACACCGCUUGAUCAGCUCGUGCACCUGUUUUUUGGCGAUUCGAUAUGCCCUGAGAAGUGGGCGAGCCUUUCACCGGCGUCCCCUCUUUGCCGCCUCACACGGCGCGGUGAUGAGUACCGCAUUGAGGAGCUCCCUCAUUCGACUGUUUUGUUUGAUUUGGGUUGUGCCGGAAUGGGCACACAGGGGUGCCCCUUACGUUGCCGCAGGGAUGUCCCUUCAUGGCACUGGUCGCACACGUCCUCUUUUCCAAUGUGCCUACCUCCACCCCCUUUGACAUCGCUCUGAGAGCCCCUACCAUAGGAGCUAAUGUUCUCUCCCCUUUUGAAUUAAUUUUUUUUUUAAAAAAAAAACACUGCAAUUAUUUUGUAAAUUGUUUCGUACAUUUAAGAAUUACCAUUUGGUGAAGACAGUUAUGUGGGAGGGAUACCCUUCCCCCCUUUUUUGCUUUUGCGAAGAGGGUACCCCAUCAGGGGUUGCACCUGCUUACCUCGGGAAAGUAACCCCACAGUAUAGCCAUAACUCUCUAUAGGGAGAGAGCGGCACAAAAUUAAUCAUAUAAAGAAAAAGGUCCCACGUCAGUAGGUUUAAAUCGCCCUAUAUUAAUAAAGCCAGUUUAUCCCUUCCCGAAUGUGUAUCCUUUUUUUUUUUUUUCUUUCCUGUUGCAGAUUCGUCGAGGGAGAACAAAUAAUGGUUCGUCGCAUUUGCCUUUCCCAUUUAUGCUGAUGAGCGGGUGGAGGUGUUCACACCACCAAGCUGAAUUGUUUUAAUU